AUGGGAUCGACGCGUCCAGCGCCCAUCGCGCACUAUUCCCCGGCAUUGGGCCCGUUUGCCCAAGCAUCCGUCAAAUCGCAGCCGCGUCUUCAACCUUCACCGCUACCAUUACAACCCAUUGAAAACUCAUUCCAUCCACUGUCCCGUGGCCCGCACAGGCCAUCACCGACCAAAGGUCUGCCCACACAGGGCUCACAUCCCGGGCGAAAACUCGGUUUCGUUCCCAUCUCUGCUCCCGCCCCUCCCAUGUUCACCACCGACUCCCCUACCAAGAAGCCGCCUUUCUCCAUCUACUCGCAACCCUCAAUGCCCCAGUCGGCACUUUUCACCACCUUCUCCAGCGUCAAUCCUGCCGAGUCUAAUAAGAACCUGCAUCCGGAAGAUCCAUCCAAUGGCAGCUUUGCCGACUUCCCAGAACCCUCAUAUGAAUCUAGGCUUCCUAUGAAGCGCAGCCUGAUGGAAUCCGCCCCAUUGAAGGAGCGCGCAAUCAAGAAGAUGAAGCGCGAAGACGCGCAACUUCAUCACUUGCCCGAGCCGCAUGACAUGCCACCCGUCGAGGACGACGGGACUAAGCCGCCAUACAGCUAUGCGACAUUGAUUGGAAUGUCCAUACUCCGUGCGCCCAACCGUCGCUUAACCUUGGCCCAGAUCUACAAGUGGAUUUCAGACACAUUCUCCUACUACAAGAACAGCGACCCGGGCUGGCAGAACAGCAUCCGUCAUAAUCUUAGUUUAAACAAGGCCUUCAUUAAGCAAGAGCGUCCCAAGGAUGACCCAGGCAAGGGCAACUAUUGGGCAAUCGAGCCUGGUAUGGAAUUGCAGUUCCUCAAGGAUAAGCAAGUUCGUCGCGCCACCAUGUCCAGUCUACCUCUCCCUGCAGUUCCUUCAAGGGACCUCAUGCCCCAGUCGCAAGGCGCAAGCACAACAACCUGGAUGGUCCCCCCACCCCCCACACAACAAUCCGCACCUGCGAAGGUUUCUUCGCGGAACGUGGACCUGUCGUCCGAUGCUACUUUGCCUGCAUCUGAUCCGGCCUUGCAAGAUGACACGGAUGAGGGUGUUCAUACUACCGCGCAUCCAACUAGACCGCUGCGCUCUUCUCCCCCGCCAGCCAUUCGAUCAUCCCCCCCGGUGGCUCCUCCUCGUUUCUCCCGUCAGGGUACCCCACCGACCCCUACUCAGGCUGCCCCCACACCGGCACCUCGUCCACGGAAGCGCAAGUCGAUAACCAUCAACGACAGUGGUUAUUUCUCCUCAUUGGAAUCGUCGGCCUUAAGGCCCAAUAAAGCUGGCCACAUGUUGACAUCGGAUUUGGAUAUUGAACCGCCGCGCAUCAAGCGUGGACGCGCUGAAGAGGAGAUCGCACGGAUUCGCAGCUCUUCCCACGACAUGAGCCCGGGACAACCUGCCACGCGCAAGGACCCCAGCACCAUGGCUGGGUCUUCUCCGCUGCGUGGGGGAUAUGUGAGCAUGCUGCCACCGCCGUUGACCCCUGUGAUCAAGUUCAAGAAACCAGCCAGACCCCCGCCCUCGGUCUCACCUAAUACCAAUCUUCGAAACCACCGUCGUAAGAUUCAGCAAAUGGUCAAUUCACCUAUCAAGCAUUUGGGUUUGACAGAUGAGGACUUGCCAUGGAGCCCGGCUUUCAAUCUUCACGACGAAAGCUACACGCCGCAUGACCACUUCCAUACUACCUUCGAUGUUUUCGCUGACUCUGGUCACGACCAUGUUUCGUCGGCCACAUAUGGAUCUCCUGAGAAGCGCUCUGUUAAGCGUCAACGUAUCGACCACGGACACACUCCUCUUGCUGAUGUCACCUCAGUUAGCUUGAAUGCUCGAGCUGGCAUUCCCUCUCUAUCCCGAUCAAAAUCAGUCAUCUUCCCUGAGUCGCCGUCCAAGUUGCCGGAAAUUGGGCGCCUGGGUGAAACCAGCCAGGAUGAUUUCUUUUCCUUCCACCUUUUCGAUGAGGGUAACGAUAGCUCCGGGGAGGUUGAUGGUGUGGAUCUUUUGCAGGGAUUCCAAAAGAUUGGAGGCCCCGCGAAAGACGAUGCAUUGAAACCUAGGGCGUUGCACCCACGUCCCCAGAUGAGCCAUCGCAGCAACACCACCUUAUUUUGA